GAUAGAUGACAUGACAGCCGAACAAAAAUUGCGGCGUGGAUUUAUGGUUAAAUUUUGCGAAACAGUAACUGUUACUCUGGAAAGAAAUAUUAAAUAUUUAUAACGUAUUUCGUACGUUUAUAGCAGUUUUCAUAAAUAUCAUCAAAAAGUUAUAUAUGUCAAAAUAAUGACUGAUAUUUCAAAAGUUUUGAAGCAAAGUUUGUGCAUAUCAUUGUCCUUAGCGCCUAACAGUGGUUUCUUAGUACACAGUAGUUUAUAGCAGUGGUUUAUUUGUUGGAAAUGGUGUUUGCAAAACUUUACCUACACAGAUAUAAAAAUAACUUUAUUUGAUACUUUAAUUAUUAAAUAUUUCGUAAGUUUAGUGUCAUUAUGUAUCCGACGCCGACGCGGCAUCCGUCUGCCGCGGUAAGGGGGCAACAACCCGCGGCAGGACCUAUAAAGUUUACCAUUGCAGAUACGUUAGAACGUAUAAAGGAAGAAUUUAACUUUUUACAAGCUCAAUAUCAUUCCUUGAAAUUAGAAUGUGAGAAACUGGCCAACGAGAAAACAGAAAUGCAAAGACAUUAUGUCAUGGUAAAGUUUAUUUCAAUUACACUUUACAAAUACCAUUUUAAAUGCAAUAAUUUUUUUUAUGUUUUUUUUCAGUACUAUGAAAUGUCUUAUGGACUUAAUGUGGAAAUGCAUAAGCAGACGGAGAUAGCCAAAAGACUAAGUGCUAUCAUAGGCCAGGUGCUGCCGUUCCUCGCGCAGGAGCACCAGCAGCAAGUAGCAUCAGCCGUGGAGCGAGCUAAGCAGGUCACUAUGUCUGAACUUAAUGCUAUUAUCGGGCAACAACAACAACAGGGCCUACAGCAACUUCUUCAACAGAUUCACGCGUCAGCCGGUUUGCCGCACGGUGUGGGUGGUGCGGGCGCACUGUUGGGUGCCGGGGGGCUGCUGUUUGCGCCGGGGGCGGGGCCGCACCCCCCACCGCCGCAUCUCCCGCCCCCUGCACACAAAGUGGAGCUCCCUCCCCCCGCAGACAUAAAGCCGCCCCUCCACCCCGGAGGACCUGCCCCGCCCCCCCUACUGCCAGGCCAGCCUCCGCCUCGAGAAGAUGAUAGAAUGGUCUCUUCUAGGGUAAUGCAACAACGUCGUUCAGUAUCGCCAGUGGAACGGGAACAAAAGUAUCGCUCGCGCUCCUCCGAGCCCGAACCUUUAGAGGCGAAGCGACGUAAAGACGAGAAGGUACUCGCCCAUGUGAGUCUGUGCAGUGACAGCGAUGCCGAAAAGAGCGAUCAAGAUUUAGUUGUUGAUGUUGCUAAUGAGGAAGAGAGAGGGUCGCCCAGUGUACGUACAGAAGGCGGGGAGAGGACAGAAAAUGGACCCCGACCUCCGUCAAGAUCUGGUUCCUCGUCCAGUCGGUCAACACCCAAGAGUUCUAAAGAUGAGAAGCCCGGCACUCCGGGCGGGAAGGGGCGCGCGCCCACGCCCACCGGGCGGUACGCAUUCCCCGCGUACGCCGCGUACCGCGCCCCGCUGCCGUAUGAGGGCGCACACACACGCACCAACGGCAUGCCGCCCGCCAAGCCUGCAUAUUCGUACCACACAUGCGGAGGUCCGCCACAACCGGUCCCGUUCCCUGCCGACGCGCUCUCGUCCCCUGGCGUGCCGCGUGGAGCACGCGCUGCCGCCGCGUUGCCGCACGGUGAGGUGGUGUGCGCAGUGGCAUUGUCGCUGACAUCAGGCGCUCGGCGAGCGUACACUGGUGGCAAGGGGUGUGUCAAACUAUGGGAUAUUACUGAACCCGGAGCUGUGGUGGAACCACUGGCACAGUUGGAUUGUUUGCAACGUGACAAUUACAUCCGGUCAGUAAAGUUGUUGCCGGACGGGCGCACGCUCAUAGUUGGCGGCGAGGCGUCCAACUUGUCUAUCUGGGACCUCGCCUCGCCUACACCACGUAUGCGCGCAGAGCUCACCUCCUCCGCACCGGCAUGCUACGCCCUCGCCAUCAGUCCAGACUCCAAGGUGUGCUUUAGUUGCUGUUCAGAUGGUCAUAUCGCUGUUUGGGAUCUUCAUAAUCAAACAUUAGUUAGACAAUUCCAAGGACAUACAGACGGCGCGUCGUGCAUUGACAUGAGCGCGGACGGGUCGCGGCUGUGGACAGGUGGGCUGGACAGCACGGUGCGCUCGUGGGACCUGCGCGAGGGCCGCCAGCUGCACCAGCAUGACUUCAACAGCCAGAUAUUCUCCCUGGGAUACUGUCCCACAGGUUCAUGGUUAGCAGUAGGUAUGGAAAACUCUCAAGUGGAAGUGUUACACUGCGGUAAACCAGACCGCUAUCAGUUAUUGUUACACGAGAGCUGUGUGUUAGCACUAAAGUUCGCCGCAGCCGGUAGCUGGUUUGUCUCCACUGGUAAAGACAAUCUGCUCAACGCGUGGAGGACGCCGUAUGGAGCUAGUAUAUUCCAGUCGAAAGAGUCGUCAUCGGUGCUCAGUUGUGAUAUAUCGUCGGACGAUAAGUUCAUAGUGACAGGCUCUGGUGACAAGAAGGCGACAGUGUACGAAGUGAUGUACUGAGGCAUAGUGUUAGUGGAGAUAUCGUGGUCCAGUGCAGUGUGAUGAAAGGGUGUUUCCCGUUGGGACGAUCAUCAGUCGGGCAAAUGGGAUUUCCGAACGGGAAAAACCCAUUUUUAUCACUUAUGUGACGACUUAAGUACUUUGAAUGCAGAUAGACUUUUGUACAGUUUUGAACAUUUUAAUU